AUUUUAAGAAGUCUUUAAUUUUUUAUAAUAUUAUUAUAAGCUAUUAUUAUAUACAUUUAUUUUGGAAAUUAAAAUAAUAUAUCGCAACGAACAAAACGUAUUAUUUAUGUACUAAGAGUGAUGAAUUCCCAAUUAGUAAAAUUAAGAAAAAAUAUAAUAUUAAACAAUUUUUGGAAAACAUUAUUUUCUAGUCAUGCCUCUUUUCAAAAUAUUAAAAGUAAAUGUUCAACUAAUCACGUGAAAUUCGUACAAAAAUAUUGGUGUGAUAGAUUCAUCAAUUUAAAUCGUUCUACAAAAAGCAAAAAAAAUAUCUGCAAGUGGUUGCUAGCUGCUAGUAUAGUGUAUGCUGGGUACAAGCAAAAAGAUAUAUAUCAAUUGAUAAAUGAAGGAUUUGUUGAGGAAUUUGAAGGAUACUUGAAAGAAAAUCCCAAAGAUGUUAACAAACGUCACAUGUAUGGGUGGGUUCCUUUACAUGUAGUUGCUGUGCAAAAUAAGGUCAAACUAUUAGAAACAUUACUAAAAAAUGGAGCAGAUCCAAAUAUAACUGAUGGAUUUUCUAACAUUUAUCAUGUAGCCCAAAAGUUUAAUGAUAAUAUUUCUAAUGUCAAAUUUAUAAGAGAAAAUUGUUUCACAUCAUCUUUCAAUCACAAUGCUACUGUACAAGGUUUUACAGCUCUUCAUUAUGCAGCAUUAAUGAAUCAUAUAGAAUCUCUAAUACUACUUAUAGAGUUUGGAGCAGAUCCUUACAUAAAAUCUGUUACUGGUCAUAAACCAAUAAAUUUAACAACAGAUGUUCGCGUUUAUAAUCUCCUACUAGAAUAUGAAAAAAAUUAUGAAAAUAUUAAAAGAAAACGUGAAAUUGAAGAGCGGAAACGCUUUCCUUUAGAAAUGAGAUUGAAAGAAAAAAUUGUUGGUCAAGAUAACGCAAUCAAAUCAGUUGCGUCAGCUAUACGUCGCAAGGAAAAUGGAUGGAUUGAUGAUGAGCAUCCAUUAGUAUUUUUAUUUCUUGGAUCAUCUGGAAUUGGUAAAACUGAAUUAGCUAAACAAAUAGCUCACUAUAUGCACAAAAAUAGUAGUGAUGGUUUUAUUCGACUUGAUAUGUCUGAAUAUCAACAAAAACAUGAGGUUGCUAAAAUGAUUGGUUCACCACCUGGCUAUGUUGGUUAUGAUGAUGGUGGAUUUUUAACAAAACAACUGACAAAGAAUCCAAAUGCUGUAGUAUUGUUUGAUGAAGUUGAAAAGGCACAUACUGAUGUGUUAACAGUAUUGCUACAAUUGUUUGAUGAAGGAAGACUAACUGAUGGUCAAGGUAAAACUAUUGAAUGUAAAAAUGCAAUUUUUGUAAUGACUUCAAAUUUAGCCAGCAGUCAAAUUGCAGAACAUGCUGUUGAGUUACGAAAGGAGCAACAAGAAAAUGAACUAAGAGAAAAUAACCGAAUAAUUAACAAAGAAAUUAAAAAUGAGCCUUCAAAUGAAAUGUAUAUAUCAAGAAACUUUAAAGAUAAGGUAGUCAAACCAAUUUUAAAAAAGCAUUUUAAGCGAGAUGAGUUUUUGGGUCGCAUUAAUGAAAUAGUUUAUUUUUUACCCUUUUCUGAACGAGAAUUAAAGAUGAUCGUCCAAAAAGAAUUAAAACAUUGGCAAGAUAUGGCAAAAAGAAAACAUAGAGUUAUUAUUGAAUGGGAUAGUGCAGUAGAACAUGUAUUGAUAAACAGUUAUGAUAUAAGUUAUGGAGCAAGAUCUAUUAAACAUGAAGUAGAACGAUCGGUAGUUUCUCAACUAGCAGCAGCUCACGAAAAAGGUGUUAUUAAAGAGAAUAUUGUAAUAAAAAUUGUUGCAGAUCUUACUAAAGGCGAACAUGGCCAUAUUUUUCUUAAAAUCUUAAAUAAAAAUAAGUUUGUAUCUUUAGAUGAAAUCCAAAAUUGAAUCAUUUGUUAUAUGAAUAUAUUGAUAUUGUUAUUUAUUUAAAUAAAUUUUAAUAUUUAAAGCUUUA